AUGGGUGUGGACGCGGAGAGGUGUGUGCCUGCCCAGUGGAGCAGGGUGCUGGGGACUCAUGGGCUGGACAGCAGAGGCUCCCCAGUGGCUGCAUGGAGGCCGCCCUUCCAGAGGGCUAUUGAACGCGACAUCCCCAGCGACGGGGACUUCAACUGGCUGAACGCCGAUUCCCCACCACCCCCACCACCCCCACCAUCCCCACCACCCCAGUCGGAGCAGUCCUGUGAGAGAGGGGAGAUAGGUGUCUCCAGGGGAACGCACUGCCGGCGCUUUCUGCAGACAGCAGGCCCCAGGGCAGUGCCCUUUGUCCAGCUGCCUGUGGAAGCUUCAGAAUCCUUGACUCCAGGGAACAUUCUAGCCUCACCUUCUUCAGCACCCAGCCUCUCCCGCGAUGAGAACCCAGAAAAUGCCCAGGACUCUCGCUUCAGUGUGAUCUCUGGGACUGAGCUACUUUUUUUAAAUGAUGAAAAAGGUCAGCCCCAGGACAACCCCUCCAUGGAUGACGACAGUGACAAGGACUCCGUGAUGGACUUUGGCGCGCAGGAGGCCGCGUCCUGCCAGGACAGGAAGCCCCAGAACCCAGCUGAGGAGAACAUGGAUAACUAUGUGAAGCUGCUGUCGCUGGGUCUUCAGCUUGCAGAGGGUAACAGGCAGUCCCACCUGACACAGGGACACUCGUCGAGGUCCCAGACAAGUGCCUACCCAAGUACAAGUCAAGGCCAGGGAAGUAUGCCUGAACCCGGAGAGGCAGCCUGCUGCCCGGGACCGUGCGAAGAAGAGUCCUCCCAAGAGGCGGGAAAGUUCGGCCCCUCGCAGUCGCCCAAAGCUCAGGAUCUCAGCCACUGGCUGCAGUGGUUCCUCAAGAUGCUGGACGACGACGAUGACAGCAGCAGCAGCAGGACCAGGAGGAGGGAUCUGAUCCUUCAGAGACCACCAGAAAAUCCGUGUGAGACGAGGAAGCCUUUCCGAAAGCCACGGUAG